AUGGUGAAAUUUUGGUGGAUAUUAAUAUUUUUCACUGAAGCGUUAAGCAGUGAUAAUAAACUGCCCGGAGUUGAGGCAGAUAAAGAAUUGCGCUAUUUACCUCUCUUCGAGAAACAUUAUGAUGACCGCCCAGCCCCAAACGGCCACCUGCCACCCUUAACUACUGUUCCCAUUGCCGGCGAAAGAUGCUCGUCGAAGUUAGAAUCUGCACUAGAUCAAAUAAAAAGACGAAAGAGAAAUCAACCAAAAACCUUGGAUACACCUUUGAGUCAAAGCAUAGACCUUGAUGGAUACAGUUUAUACCAGACAAUGAGGAGCGCUCCAAUUGAUAUGAUCGUUACAAGAAUGCGAGUUCGACUACCACAAAAUAGCAACUGGGUGAGAGUAGAAAAAUGCUAUUUCGACCCUCGCAACGUUUCUUUGGACACGAUGCUUUUGUUCCACGACAUUACAAUAUCUGGAAACGUGGAUUUGUACGACACCAACGAACUCGAUCGCAGCAUGGUUCCAUCCAGAAGAACACGAAGACAUUAUGCUGAUUCCCCAUAUUAUUCCGAUUCCAACAGAUUUCGUAAUAAUGGAUGUAACAUGAUAUUGAGACUGCGCAAAGCUGGUAUCGGCUUCCACACUCGCCCACUGCACCAACAACAAGGAAGAUUUAACGUCAAAACUGAUUCAGAAUUCGUUGAACCAGGUUUCAUUAGCGUCUAUGCUUACGGCUGCGAAAAGUACAUAAACAAAAAUUCAAUAAGGAACAAAGAAAAUUUACCCUUAAAGCGAAGACGGCGGUCUGAUGAAUUCACAUUCAAUAGCCGCCUCGAAACUCCUCAAGAAGACUUAGUUAGUAAAGCAUCAGAGAACUAUGAUAUAUUAUACGAACCGAGAACUGGAAGAAUGGGCUAUGAGAGAAGCAGAGCAUUUCAGCCAGAUGAUAAUUUAGAUGACACCGAAGAUAUUUCGAGGGAAAUGGAGGAUAUUUUUACAAAGGGUAUUAGGACUCUAUUAACAACAUAUAUGAAGAAAGAAUUGCAACCUGCUAUCAAAGAUACACUAAUGAGAAAUAUGGGUUAUGUUAUUUCUUAUGGUUAA